AUGAUGCGAGAGCGCGGCGUCGUCGGCGUAGCGGCUAGGCCACUUUCCUCACGUGUGCGUGUAUGACUCUUUUGCUCGAAAUUUAAAUUGGCGGAACCACAAUGGUUCGAAAGAAAAUAGACAACCGCCUCCGGGUCCUGAUUGAGAAUGGCGUGGCCCUCGGACACAGGACAAUGUUCGUCGUGGUGGGCGACAAGGGCAAAGACCAGGUCGUCAUUCUGCAUCAUAUGUUAUCCAAAGCAGCGGUGCGGGCCCGACCGUCCGUGCUCUGGUGUUACAAGAAAGAACUAGGCUUCACCAGUCAUCGAAAGAAGAAAAUGAAAAGUCUUCAGCGGAAAGUUAAAGCGGGCAUGUUGAACGUGAAUGAAGAUGAUCCAUUUGAACUAUUUGUUGCAUCCACAAAUAUUAGAUACUGUUACUAUUCAGAGACCCACAAGAUCCUUGGUAAUACUUUUGGGAUGUGUGUUCUUCAGGACUUUGAAGCUUUGACACCCAACUUAUUGGCAAGGACCAUUGAAACAGUGGAGGGGGGUGGCGUCAUUGUUCUUUUAUUACAAUCUGUGUCUUCUCUCCGUCAACUCUAUGCAAUGAGCAUGGAUGUUCAUGAAAGAUUUCGCACUGAGGCUCACUCAGAUGUUGUUUGCCGAUUUAAUGAGAGGUUUUUGCUUUCAUUGGCUUCUUGUUCUCGCUGCUUGGUUGUGGAUGAUGAGCUCACAGUGCUGCCACUGUCAUCGCAUCUAUUGGACGUUAAGCCUGUUUCCAAGUCAGAGAUCGAACCUCACAACGCAGAACUUGCUGACUUAAAAGAAAGCUUAAGAGAUACACAACCUAUAGGUGUUCUGGUGAACUGCUGUAAGACUGUAGAUCAGGCCAAAGCACUUCUUAAAUUUGUUGAAGCAAUAUCAGAAAAAACUUUGAGGUCAACGGUAUCUUUGACUGCAGCAAGAGGCAGAGGAAAAUCUGCAGCACUGGGACUUUCAGUUGCUGCAGCUGUUGCAUUUGGAUAUUCUAAUAUUUUUGUCACUGGACCAAGCCCAGAGAAUUUAAAAACAUUUUUUGAAUUCAUUUUCAAAGGGUUUGAUGCUUUGGAGUACCAAGAGCAUCUUGAUUACAGUCUUGUACGUUCCACAAACCCAGAAUUUAACAAAGCUUUGGUCCGCGUGAAUGUAUUCCGUGACCAUCGUCAAACCAUUCAGUACCUGCACCCAACAGACCACCAGAGGCUUGGACAGUGUGAACUACUUGUUAUAGAUGAAGCAGCUGCUAUUCCGUUGCCCUUUGUCAAGUCUAUGUUGGGAUCUUACCUUGUAUUUUUGGCCUCAACUAUCAAUGGGUAUGAAGGCACUGGUCGAUCACUGUCCUUAAAGUUGCUCCAACAGCUGAGGGUGCAAGCAGCGCCCACAGGUUCUGUUGCUGGCCAAGGGAAGGACCAGUCUGCAGCUACAGGACGAUCCUUAGCAGAAGUGACUCUGAAUGAGUCAAUCCGGUACUCGCCUGGAGAUGCUGUAGAAAAAUGGCUUACAGACCUCCUCUGUUUAGAUGCAACAGCUGUUGAACCUAUUCUCUCAGGUUGUCCUCCUCCUGAGUCCUGUGAACUGUACUACAUUAAUAGGGACACAUUGUUUUGUUACCAUAAAGCAUCAGAGGCUUUUCUACAAAGAAUAGUGGCUUUGUUUGUGGCAUCACAUUACAAGAAUAGUCCUAAUGAUCUUCAAAUGAUGUCAGAUGCUCCUGCUCACCAUCUAUUUUGCCUUCUGGGACCUGUUGAUCCUAAUGCAAAAUCUUUACCAGAAGUGUUAGUUGUGAUUCAGGUCUGCCUUGAAGGUCAGGUAUCCAAAGAAAGCACCACUGAUGGUCUGUCCAGAGGGAAGAGAGCAUCUGGUGAUCUGAUUCCUUGGACUGUGGCACAACAGUUCCAGGACCAUGAUUUUCCGAUGUUAUCUGGUGCUCGUAUUGUUCGAAUUGCCACCCACCCGGACUACCAAGGGAUGGGCUAUGGUGCUCGUGCUCUUGACCUCCUCAAGCGGUACUAUGAAGGGUCGAUGCCCUGUCUUGAUGAGGAUGCUCAGGUCGAACAGGAAAUCUCUUCUGCACCUGCAGAGGACUUAGGACUUUUAGAAGAGUCCAUAGAACCUCGAAAAUCUCUGCCACCACUGUUAUUGAAAUUGACAGAAAGACGCCCAGAAAAGUUGUCAUAUAUUGGAGUAUCUUUUGGACUCACAUUACCAUUGCUUAAGUUCUGGAAAAAAGCAGGAUUUGUUCCAGUUUACCUCAGGCAGACGACAAACGACCUGACGGGCGAGCACUCCUGUAUUAUGCUCUCUCUGCUUGGAGCUGAUGAAAGUGUCAAAGAAUAUGGAGUUAACAGGGGUGGUUCUGAAUGGCUCAGGGAAUUUUAUGUUGACUUCCGCCGUCGAUUUGUUAAUUUAUUAGGUUAUCAGUUCCGUAAUUUCACUCCAGCAUUGGGUCUGGGUCUUCUUCAAAACAAAGCAGUUAAUGUGUCAAAGAAAUUAAUAUCUUCAGAAGAAUUAGAAGUGUUUCUGACAAAGUAUGAUUUGAAGAGGUUGGAAAUGUACACCAAUCAAUUAGUGGAUUAUCAUCUUAUUAUGGAUCUUCUACCACCUCUUGCAAGAUUUUACUUCCUGAACCAUUUGGGAGACAUGAGUCUUUCAGCAGUUCAAGCAGCUGUUCUUCUGGGCCUUGGGCUUCAGCAUCGCACAGUUGAUGAAGUAUCAGGAGAUCUGGAGCUUGCAUCCAGCCAAGUCCUUGGUUUAUUUAAUAGAACUGUGAGAAAGUCAGUUGGUAUCUUGAAUGAUGUCACUACCAAGGCGGUAGAAGCAUCUAUGGGAGGUCCAAAGGAAUCUUCCAACAGCAAUCCUGCACUUCACAGUGGUCAGAGUUUAACUGAUGAAUUGGAGGAAGCAGCAAAGGAAUUAAAAAUAAAACAAAAAGCAGAGUUGGAGAGGCUAAAGAAGGAGAAUUUGAGCCAGUAUGUCAUCAAGGGCUCUGAACAGGAUUGGGGCCAAGCACUCAAAGGAGCUAGCAAAAAUAUUAUUUCUGUGAAGAGUGGAGAAAAAAGACCAAGUGACACUCAGCAGGAGGAUGAUGGGCUAAAUGAUAGUGAUCAGAAGCCUCAGAAGAAAAAGAAGAAGAAGGAUAGAAGAAGUAAAUAAAAAUUGUUAAUUGUAGUAAUCAAUUGAUACUUUCUUAAAAUUUGUGAAAGAAAAAAUAAUAUCUGUGACUCUCAUUGACUUGGUUUCUGAACUAUGCCAUAUAUAAAUAUGCAACAUGUUUCACAA